AUGCGGUUCAAAACCAACUAUGGAAUAAGAAAGAUAAAGCCAAUCAUUGCACUGAAUGGAAGUGUCAGCUCAGGUUCAGCGGUGAGCAACUUUUCACAAGCUGUGAAUCUGCUGCUGGAGGUGACAGAGGAGGUGAUCCCAGUCUCAGGCUCUGUGAAUGCAGUCAAUGCCCUGGGGCUCGUCGUUUUCUCUAUGAGCUUUGGUCUUGUGAUUGGAAACAUGAAAGAAGAUGGAGUGAUCCUCCGUGAUUUCUUCGAUUGUCUGAAUGAAGCCAUUAUGCAAUUGGUGUCUGUUAUCAUGUGGUAUGCUCCAAUCGGUAUACUGUUUCUUAUUGCGGGCAAAAUUGUGGAGAUGGAGGAUAUGACUGUGGUGGGAGGACAGCUGGGAAUGUAUACAAUAACCGUCAUCGUGGGACUGCUCUUCCAUGCUCUUGUUGUUCUGCCUCUCCUCUACUUCUUCAUCACACACAAGAAUCCCUUUGCUUUCAUGGGUGGAUUGGUACAGGCUCUGGUUACUGCACUCGGCACCUCCUCCAGCUCAGCCACUUUACCUAUUACAUUUCGAUGCCUGGAGGACAAAAUUGGACUGGAUAAACGAAUUACCAGAUUUGUGCUGCCUGUGGGUGCCACAAUUAACAUGGAUGGCACUGCACUGUACGAAGCACUUGCUGCUAUCUUCAUUGCACAAGUUAACAACUUUGAACUCAACUUUGGACAAAUCAUCACCAUCAGUAUCACUGCCACAGCUGCUAGUAUUGGUGCUGCUGGCAUCCCACAGGCAGGCCUGGUUACCAUGGUGAUCGUACUGACAUCGGUUGGACUUCCAACAGACGACAUCACUCUGAUCAUUGCAGUGGAUUGGUUCCUAGAUCGACUGCGCACCACAACCAAUGUCCUAGGAGAUUCAUUGGGAGCUGGCAUUGUGGAGCACCUCUCACGUCAUGAGCUUCAGAAAAUGGAUGCUGAGGGUUGCAACUCUGUCAUCGAGGAAAAUGAAAUGAAGAAACCCUACCAACUUAUCUGCCAGGACAAUGACAACGAGAAGCCCAUAGACAGUGAGACCAAGAUGUAG